AUGGCAAUCGUCAAUGCAAAUGCAAAUGCAAAUUUGAAAGCCAGGCUUUCAAAACGCAAGCCCAACCGCGAAAAAAGAAAAGUAAGAGCAAGGGUCGAACGUGCACAUCCAGCACCCAAAUGCAAUGCAAAACCUAUCCACUCGCUCUUUACGACAAUCGAAACGCUUACCAAAACGAUUCCACAAAAUAUUCGCACAGUUUACGAUAUUCUCCGAUGUCCGGGAUACAAGACUUGGGCCCAGCAUGCCCGUAACAUCGACGAUCUUCGGCUUGCUCUAGAUGAUCCUUCUUGCAAUUGCCAAGGACGCAGGACGCGGGUUAGAAAACGUACGUCUAGGACAGGGAGUGAAACACAAAGAUGGAAUUCUGUUAACUCGUCAUUUCCUACCCUAGUUAUCGAGCAAGCAUGGAAGCAGAUUGAAGAUCCUACGGCAAAAGAAAUGUAUGAUAAAUUUGGAGGGAAGAAUGGGUAUGCGAGCCCAUUUCCUUAUGAGGGCGUACCUGUCUACAGGCACCCACCAGGUGUUCUAGAGAACGAGGCGCCCGAAGCGUACCCCUAUCAUACGUGGGACCCUGCGUUGCGUAAUGUUGCGGGGACGAGUAUUACCUGGGCGAUCGAUCGAGCGGCGGAUAGUUUGUUUUGUCGAAAGAGGCAAAAUACUUUUUGGACCAGUUUGUCACAGGGCCUACUAGGUGAUACUAAACUUUGGGCUGAAGUAAAAGCAUCUGCAAACAUCUACUACCAAGCAGCUACUCUACCAGCAAAUCACCAUCCCCGGGAGGAUCUUUACCAAGAUCUCCACGUGGCCACCUUACGACGUCGGUGUACUCUCAAUCCCCCUCCACACCUUCAAAUUGCCAGUCUACAACGACAACUCCUUCCGGAUGGGCCAUACCUUGAACUCUGCGAUGUGACGCCCGAGCUCUGGCAAAUUAUUGCUGACUGUUUCGGCAUCGAACUCAUCGUCAUCCACAAUAAUGACUCCUCCGACCCGGCCAAAACCCUUAGAAAGCGCGUAUUAACCCGCGGGAGCCAUAAUGCCCGUCAGAUUUUCAUGCUACUGGAUGUGGACGGUGAGUAUGUCCCCCUCCGUCCCAUGGUGUCAGAUCGUGCCAAUUGGAGAUAUACGGCGCAUAUGCCCAAGCCAGGGAAGACAUUUGAGGAGACCAUGAGGAGGAGUGGUGAGAUUAGAAGUCCGUGUGUGAAGCUUGAUGGGACGGGUUUGCCGAUUGAGCCGUAUGAAGGGAUUCAAAAGAUAGGAGCAUCAAGGAAGAAAGAGGAUAAGGGGAAGAAGACAAUGUAUCAGGAGCCAUGGUGGGUUCCCGAGAUGUUGGUCGCUGAGUUCUGGGGCGCGCAGGUGGAUGAGGAGAGGGUUAAAGAUUACCUGGAUACGGAUGCUUGGUGUUGA